AUGGGCUAUGGCUUCUGCAUUCCGGAUAACCCAUGUGACGAGGUGGCCAUCCGGCUAGCGAAGCCUCCGCCUGCUGUGCGCGCAGUGCUCCGGUCUUUGUAUCCUUCCGAAUUCCCAUCAGCUGAUUGGACCACCUCGGAAUCGACGUUCUACCUCCGGUGUCAUUUCCAUUACUCCGGCGGCUAUGGAGACGCUAUCCUAGGCACAGGAGGCAUUCCUCUUCAUAUGCUUAUGAUCUCUGUUCUCAUCGUCGCACACACACGAGGUCAGCCACUGGAGACCGCAGCAUGCAGUCCGACUGCUCGGCAAGUUGUGGGAGCCACACGCCAUCUCCUGGCACCUCUACAGAUCAAACGCGAUGCUGUCGCUGGACCUUCCAGAAACUUGGCAGAGCCCAAUAAUAUCCGACAGAGGUAUGCAAGCAUGUACCGCAACGGUCAGCUUGCUAUCUUGACGGACGUUGUCAACCAGCUUGAAAGCAAAUUAAAGGGGUUUCGCCAAGCGGGUCAUUCUCUGAGCCUCGGGCUUCGUACUGCAUCUCCCACGUCUUCUCGGCCAGGAACGUCGCUCGUCUCUUUUGAUCCCACACCCAACCAGGAACAUGCGGCACCGCCCCCAACAUUGGUAUUACAUGAUCGAGACCAUCGCCCUGAAGUUAAGGAGUCUCUGGCGCGCGGUAUCAUCCUGAGCUUAGAAGACGCCUCUGCCAUCCUCGAUAGCAGCGAGGACAAGCGACUAUCCGAAUGCUUCAACAUUGGCGUAGAGUCAGGAUUGGGAACUUGCGAUGUGGCGGAGUUGCGUGAAAACGACGUCGAAGAUGUGGUUUGGAUGCUUUGGCUCUGCGCGGCCUACAUCAUCGCCCAAAUCUCUGCGUCACCGAGCUCACCUCUAGCCCGGAUGGUCUCAAAACUGGUUCAAGAGUACCCUAUGGACGGUGCGUUCAUGGUCAACCAGGAUGCCGUUCAAUAUAUUGAAGACAUACGCUCUGCAGCCUCAGCAAAUGAAGAGUGUGCAAAACUCUGGAGCAGCGAGCUGUGGACUACUAAUGUAUCAGCCUGGGCGGCCAGAGUGGUGGAACUGGAGGCAUGGGUGUGGGAGGGGAGCUGGGUGAUGUUUUUCGAGAAUCCCAGGGCAGACAGCGAACGGAUAUAG